UCCUGGCUAUUUCUUAAUCAAUUCCCGAGCUGGUAGAAUUAAAUAGGAAUAAAGCAAUUAAUCAUAUAAUAAAUUUGUCAUGAAACUUAAUGAAUUUUACAUCAGGACUUCAGCCAACAAAUCAGCAUAAAAGAAUACCAGCGAAAGACGACGCCGUCGGUGUCUUUGAUUAAAUUCAGUGAUUUAGAUGUCAUCAGCAAUCAAAAACAAACACAUCGGAAGUUUUGGGGACAAGCAGUCCAAAAGCCAUUUAUAAAGAGAACAAAAUCAGUAAAGUAUCACUUCGAUAAGUAAGGUCUAUCUUUUUUCCGUGUGUUUUCUCAAUGAACAACGGGUUUAAGUUACUUAUAGGUUUGGGAUUACCUUACGAAGACCAUCUAGCGCUAGAAGCCAUUGCACAAGGAAGUGUCUUCAUGAAUCCAAAAUUUUCUACGCAUAAAAAUCGUCUCAAUGAUCCAACUCUGAAAGAUCUGCCAUCUUCAAGAAACUUAAGCUCGCAGCAUCCUUAUGCAGAGAUAUUUAUUGGAGAGCCUUUCGUUUAUACAGCGAACAUUUGGAAUAAGACAGAGGUGAAAAUAUCAAUAAAAAACAUCCUAAGCAAACAGGUCAAACCAUUUGUUCCUUUCGAGUUUUCCUGUGAAGGAAUGUUGGAAAGAUUAAACGCUUACAUCGAAAAUCAGGAUUUUUGUGACAAAUCUUACCACUGGCCUCUUCAAAAGGGCGACUUACAAAUAACCAUCGCACGUCCUGGAAACUCGUGUACAGACACGUGCUUUAACGAAGGUCUGACAUGUGAAUCAGAGUAUUUUUAUCUCUUAAAUUCCAGGUAAUACUUGAUAUGUCUUUAUGAGGUGAUAAGGUUAUGGUUAUAACCAUGCACUUCUGUCGUAUUGGAACUCGUAUAGUAAAUAACUUACUAAUGUUUGUGAUGGGCAGGAAGAAAUCAAAGGGACGUAACACUUUCACAAAGGGUGCAGCUGCCUGUAGACUAACGCCUCACAGUCAGCGGUUUAUAAACCAAUCCCUCCUCGCAUCAAACCACCUCGUUAUCAUUUCUCCAUUGUUCUGAUUUGUUACUGAUUGCUCACAGAGAGUAAGUCAUACCAUUCAGUCAGCCAGUCAGUCACCGAGCCAGUCCGAGAGAGUAAGUCUGUCAGUCAGUUCUGCCAGUCAUUCAGACGGUCAUGCCGUCAUUCAGUCGGUUAGCCAGCAAGUCAGUCACUCAGUCAGUCAGUUAGUUAGUCAGCAAGUCAGUCAAUCAGUCAGUCAGUUAGUCAGCAAGUCAGUCAGUCAGGCAGUCAGUCAGUCAGUCAAUCAGUUAUUUAGUAAGCAAUCAAAUUACACAGUCAGUCGGUCAUUAGUUGGCCAGUCAGUCAGUCAGUCAGUCAGUCAGUCAACCAGGCAGCCAGUCUGCCAGUCAGUCGGCCAGUGAGUAAGUCAGCCAGCCAGCCACCCUUGUCAGUCACUCAGCCUGUGAGUAAGUCAGUUAGUCAGCCAGCCAGCCAGUCAGUCAGUC